AUGGACUCCCUCAACAUCAGUUCCUCCGACCCCAAGGUUGCUGUUAUGCAGCAAGUCCGUCAAGAGGCCGCCGUCGCAAAUGCCCGCCAGCUGGUCGAGAAAUUGAACGAGCACUGCUUUGAGCGCUGCGUGCCUAAGCCCGGCACCUCGCUGUCCAAGGGCGAGGAGACCUGCUUCACCCAGUGCAUGGAGAAGUACAUGGCUGCCUGGAACGUUGUCAGCCGGCAGUACGUCGCCAAGCUGCAGCAGAACUCGGCCGGUGGCAUGAGCCUGUAA